AUGGCUAAGAGUAUCCGUGCUAGCGUUUCCAAGCGCAACCGCGCCACCCUGCGCAAAAACUUCUUCGGUCCCAUCGUUGACGCCCGAACUGAGAGACUCCACGCCAAGCUCCAGGAGCUUGCCGAUAAGCCCCGGCCUGAGGCCCCGGAGAAGUCCAAGAAGGAGCAAGCCGAGGAUGAGGCCGACCAAGCAGCCAAGGCUCAGCUCGGUGGCGAUGAAGCCAUGGAUGUUGACACCAAGGCCCCUAAGAGCACCAAGAAGACCGGUCGUGUGCAAAAGCGCAACCAGAAGCCCCGCAACUCGAUUGUCUUCAAAAAGCGUCAAUCGUCUGGCAAGCGCGGAUCCAAGAAAUAA